UGUUAAAAUCAUGAGAUCUGGGCUCGGCGUACCUUGCGCCAUGCGGUCGUGGGGCGCACCGGCACGCCUCUGCCUGUUCAGCUUGUUUUGUGUUUUCUCGUUUCGAAUCUUGUGCGAGACGCUUCGCGAUGGCACUCCCGUGUGAAAUUCGAAAAAUUUUUGGUCAGAAAAGAGUCGAAUUACGGCGAGUUGACCCCGCCACGUGAGCGUGGGAACCGAGCUGUCUCCCUGUUUGUGUCUCUGUCUGAGGGUAAAUUCGGUGUGUUCAGGGUUCGAAUCCUGUUCGGGGCGCCUCGCGGAGGUUCUCGUGUGUGAAAUUCCGAAUAAAUUGUGUUAGAAAUACUCAAAACAGAGUAAUGUUGUCCUUCCCUCUGGCGGCGUGGGUCGAGAAAUUUCAGUCAUUUGCAUGUGUUGUCUUUGUUUGUGCGCCCCGGGCGAACGCGUGACGGCUCGCAAUUGAGACGGAACGUUAAAGGUUUGAUAAUUGAACCCAGUUAGUUCGUCAGUUAACUUCAAAUUUUGGCGCCGGGGCGGUGACGUCACGGUUGGGCUGGAGUCGGUCGCGAGGUGUCAUGGCCGCUAAAGGCUUAGUUAACGUAUCGCAGUGAUUUCGUUGUUUCCUUUCAAAGAUUUAUCAAUGACUGAGUGAAACGAACAAGUGUCGUGCCGAAAUCAUUCGUCUCUCUGUGUGAAUGAAAGGGGAAAUGUGUCGUUGCAAGAAACCGCCCGAUUCUCGUGCCUGUUUCAAUGAUUUAGAGGUUAGGUUUUCUGAGUGUAGUAAAUUGUAAUUUUUCUGUUUUCAGGAUUUAGGUGAUAGAGAGAACGAAACUACUAGCAGGGGUACCCAGACUUACGGCCUAACCCCACACACUGUUACGAGGGGUACUCAGACUGAUUCAGUAGUAGUACUUCGAGAACGCAAUGGAAGAGACGAGGAUCGCUCGCAAUCUACUGUUUGGGACAGACUUGAGGCCAGGCAACCUCGCUUCAACCGAUUUCUGGCCGAGAGGACCCCCCCUCCUCCUCCUGAAGUCUUUCCAACGGAUGAGAUUGAAGAAAGCGAAUCUGGGCCUCACGUACGCGUCUCUAGAAGAGGCAGAGUCCAUGCUGGUGCCCCUGGGAGGGCUCCAGUUGCUGCCCCUGCCAGAGCUGGUGGGCAUGCUGCGAAUUCUCUUCCUGCUGCCCCUGCCGGAGCUGGGACGGAGGAACCGUAAGCAGGACAGAGAGGAGUGUCUUCGAGAAAACUUUAAUGUGUUCCUCGACAAGCACAGGGAACGCAUGGCUGCUGAGUUUCCAGACUACAGUCCUCAAGAAGUGGAGAUCUCUCUGCGGAACCUUUGGAAUAUGAAAGAACUGGACGAGCAAUUGAGGUACCUUUGUGGGUUCAACGUGGAAUGA